UUCCGGGGCGGCGGCGAGGGAGGUGGAAGUGCAGUGUCCUGGCAGGUGGCUGCUGUAGCUGGGCGGGCCGUGGGAGGCUCCCGAGGUGGGGGCCCGGUCGGGAUGGCUGCAGCGGCGGCUGGGGCCGGGAGCGGGCCCUGGGCGACCCAGGAGAAGCAGUUCCCGCCGGUGCUGCUGAGUUUCUUCAUCUACAACCCGCGCUUCGGGCCGCGCGAAGGAGAGGAGGAAAAUAAGAUUUUAUUUUAUCAUCCAAAUGAGGUAGAAAAGAAUGAAAAGAUUAGAAAUGUCGGAUUGUGUGAAGCUAUUGUACAGUUCACAAGGACCUUUAGCCCAUCAAAACCUGCAAAAUCUUUACAUACCCAGAAGAAUAGACAGUUCUUCAAUGAACCAGAAGAACAUUUCUGGAUGGUCAUGGUUGUUCGGAAUCCUAUAAUUGAAAAACAGAGUAAAGAUGGAAAACCAGUUAUUGAAUAUCAAGAGGAGGAGUUGUUGGACAAGGUUUACAGUUCAGUGCUACAGCAGUGCUACAGCAUGUACAAGGUAAGCCUGGCAUUCGUUUUGAACCGAGAGUCCAACCAGUUACCCCUAUGCCUUACUUUUUUUCCACAGUAUUUGCAAACGCUACAUUUGCAGUCAUGUGACCUACUUGACAUUUUUGGUGGAAUCAGCUUCUUCCCAUUGGAUAAAAUGACUUAUUUGAAAAUCCAGUCCUUUAUUAAUAGAGUGGAGGAAAGCCUGAAUAUAGUCAAAUACACUGCGUUUCUCUAUAACGAUCAGCUCAUCUGGAGUGGAUUAGAACAAGACGACAUGAGAAUUUUAUACAAAUACCUCACCACCUCCCUUUUUCCAAGGCACAUGGAGCCUGAGGCCAUGAGUGCGGCUGUGUGCUUUAUGAUCGACGCCUCUAUCCAGCCAACGCUGGAUUUUUGCCGAAGACUGGACAGCGUCGUCGGGCCCCAGCUCACGGUGCUGGCCUCUGACAUCUGCGAGCAGUUUAACAUCAACAAGAGGAUGUCUGGGUCUGAGAAAGAACCCCAGUUUAAGUUUAUUUACUUCAACCACAUGAAUCUGGCCGAGAAGAGCACAGUUCACAUGAGGAAAACGCCCAGUGUGUCACUCACUUCCGUGCACCCGGAUUUAAUGAAGAUUCUCGGUGACAUCAACAGUGACUUCACCAGAGUGGAUGAGGAUGAGGAGAUCAUCGUGAAGGCCAUGAGUGAUUACUGGGUUGUUGGAAAGAAGUCUGAUCGGCGGGAGCUCUAUGUUAUUUUGAAUCAAAAAAAUGCAAACCUGAUUGAAGUAAACGGUAAGUAGGAUUUGGUAUUUCAGGAGAAUUUUAAUGCUGCUGAUACGGAAAAGUUGUUUUUCACUGUAUUAAACCUGGUUAAAAAAUAGAAACGUGAGAAAUAGAACAAAUGUCUGCUGAGAUUGUAACAGGUGCCUUCAACAUUUUCAACAUUUGGUCCCUUUUCUCUUUCUUGGAAAACUGACGGGACUUUCUCUUAGCACAGGAAACUUGACAAUGGGCGCCAAAGAAAAUUAUUUUCUACAAUGCUAAAAAAUAAUAAUAAUAAUAACUUUACUGUGUAUUAAGAAAUGUCCCCUUUUUGGAGACAGGGGUCUCACUUUGUCACACAGGCUAGAGUGCAGUGGUGCAAUCAUAGCUCACCACAGCCUCCAA